AUGUUCUACAAGAACAUUACACUUGUUAUGGUGCAGUACUGGUAUGGCUACCUCUCGGGUGCUUCCGGCUCCAAGCUGUACUGGGAGAUCGGUGUCCAGCUGUACAAUAUCGCUUUCACGGGCCUGCCGAUUGUUGUCGUGGGUGUGCUCGACAAGGACUUGCCAGCGCCAUUCAGCAUCGAUUACCCGGACCUGUACCGUCGUGGCCCAGAUCGGUUUUACUUCAACAUGUAUACAUUUUUCCGCUGGAUUGCCGCUGCUUUCUAUGAAUCGCUGAUCAUCUUUGUAGUGAUGACGUUCGGCUUCAAUGCAUCGGACAAGGCGGCGGGCAGUGAAUCUCGCGUGGAAUUCGGCAUGGUCGCGUUCUCGCUGACGGUCUUGAUCGUGAACAUCAAGAUCUGGAUGAUUGCCGAUCGAUGGACCGUGCUGUCGUUCUCGUUGUGGUUUGGCAGCGUCAUGGCGUGGUUCCUUUUUGCGUCCAUCGGUACCCAGACGCCCUACAUUGCAACGUUCAAGGUCGGUUACGACGAGUUUGGCGCGUUUGCCCCUACUGCUAGGACCUGGGGGUACCUCUUGGUGCUGAUCAUGGGCUGCUCGCUCGCCCUCGGACGCCACAUUUCGUACAACCUCUUCCAGCGGACGUUCCAUCCGGACCUGGCUCAGCUCCUCCAGGAGUCGAUGGGAGGCUCUUCGCGCCACAAGUCUGAGCGCCGACUUACGAUCAACCACGUCGAGGAGCAGACGUUGUCCAUGUCACUGGACGACGUGCACACGACGAGUUACUUGAGUGACUUUGGACACACGGACGCCGACAUUGUCAAGAGGCAGCACCGUUCACGAAGCUCUGCAAGGACAUCACACGAGCAACAGCCAACAAAGGACCCGCCGAGCACGACCGGGACAUCAGGUAUGCCAGUCAAGUCGGGCGCGACGGAAUACUACACAGCCAACGUGUACAGCGAGCCGACGUCCGAGGAGACAACAUGGGACCGGGCGCCAUCGACGAUGCUCCGGCCGACGCCACGCCGCCGCACGACGGGCUACGCUUUCAGUUGCGACGAAGAGACGACGCUCGCCGAGUCGUACAUUGCGUCCAACUCGCUGCCCCGCUCGGACGCCAUUUCCAUUGCGAUGCGGAACUCAACGGGAGAUGCCAAUGGGCGUCGCUAUUCUCGCGCGCGUGUGCCUUCGUAG